AUGACGGACGAGGUCCUCAACGACAUUUCACACAGGCGGUAUAACCCGCUGCGCGGCAAUUGGAUCCUUGUUUCGCCUCACCGGACAAAGAGGCCAUGGCAGGGACAACAGGAGGCUGCCAGUAAAACGACUCUGCCUGAGUACGACCCUUCGUGCUAUCUCUGUCCGGGCAACAAGCGCGCGCAAGGCGACGAAAACCCAAAGUAUGAAAGCACCUACGUCUUCGUCAACGACUACAGUGCGGUCAAAGAAGAGCAAGCGGAAUACCACUCUGGCGACCAGGAUGGCAGCCUCGAAAAGAGACUCCUACAAGUUGAGCCCGUGACGGGCAAAUGCUAUGUCAUUACCUUCUCGCCCUCUCACAACCUGACAUUAGCGGACCUCAAACCGGCACAAAUCGUCCCUGUUAUCGAGACCUGGACCAAGCUCUAUACAGCCCAUUUGUCGCCAAACUCGCCGCUUGCCCAAGUCGCCAGCGCGACGACGCUAGCCCCGCUGAGCCACAACGGCGAGGCCCUCGCGAAGCCGAAUAAGCAGCUGCGCUACAUGCAGAUCUUCGAGAACAAGGGCGCAGCCAUGGGCUGCUCGAAUCCGCAUCCCCACGGCCAAGUCUGGGUGACGACCGGUCUCCCCGAAGAGCCAUCGCUCGAGCUCACGCAGCUGCAAAAGUACCGCCGCGAGCAGGGUGGGGCAAACAUGCUGGAGGAUUACUGCACGCUUGAGGCCAAGAAGGGCGAGCGCACUGUCUUUGAGAACGAGAGCUUCCUGGCGGUGUGCCCCUGGUGGGCCGUCUGGCCGUUUGAGGUCAUGAUUGUGAGCAAGGCGCACAAGAGAGCGCUGGUCGAUUUCGACGACAAAGAGAGGGCGCAGCUGGCUGAAGCCAUGGCGGAGGUGACGAGGCGGUACGACAACUUGUUCGAGACGCAAUUUCCUUACAGCAUGGGUCUGCACCAAGCACCGCUGGAGGGCACGAAGGAGGAAAUCGAGGCCAGUCACUUCCACAUUCACUUUUACCCGCCUUUGCUGCGUAGCGCUUCGGUGCGCAAGUUCCUCGUUGGCUACGAGAUGAUGGCUGAGCCGCAACGUGACAUCACGCCAGAGCAAGCGGCCGCCCGACUGCGCAACUGCGCCGGCGAGCUGUACCGGAGGAAGCUCGACUAG